UAUCCAAGACCGGUUUGUACCUCUUUAUCGUUCUCUUUCUAAAAAAGCUUUCUAUCCGCCGCUCUUCUUCAAUCGCAUCCCUACCAAAUUACUGUUUGUAAUUGCACUUUCGUCCUUUUUUUUUCCUACUUUAAAUUUUUGAACAGGUUUCUUGCAGUUUUAUUCAACUAACCUUUUGAAAAAUUAAGAUUUGCAUUAAAACCGACGGCCAGGAUGAGUUCCCAAUUGGCCAGAGGAUUCAAGAAACGGAGAGAAGGCGCCACGUCAUCAAAACCACCUCUACCUCCUCCAACGGCCGUUAGACGACGCGCCGUUACUGUGAAAGAAACAGCAACGACGACACCGUCUAAGGGAUCUAAAUCCAAUCGGCUUCUAGCCGGCUGUAUGGCUCACGAAUACUUGACCAACGGUACGUUGUUUGGGCAGAAAUUUGAUCCGGCUCGAGCCGAGGCCGCCGUAGCGGUUAAUUCAGGCAAGAGCCAGAUAUCGGAAGCCGAGCCGACGGCGCGGGGCUAUGCGGAGGUGGCACUUUUACUGAGGAGCGAGGGAGUACGCAUACCUGGAGUGGUGAACCCUACGCAAUUAGCCAAGUGGAUUGAAUGUGGGCGCACCACUACACGUGGAGCAAAAUAAUUGGUUGGGACUUAGAGGGCACGUGUCAAACGUGUAGAAUCCAUUGAUUGUUAUCGAUCUGUGUUUCUUUUGUCUAUCAGAAAGAAAGAAAGAUCGAGAGAGGAAGACAUCGAUGCAGCUCAAAUCUUUUCUUCAGUAUCUGAAUACAAAAAGAAAGAUAUAUCAAACAAUCUUAUAAUAGAAUUGCUGUCGUUUAAAAUAUUUUUCGGCGCCCCGUCAAAAAUCGAAUUGAUUUUAGGACUUUCUUAAAAAAAUGGGAUGCGGAACGGUAAAUGAUUCAAAAUCGUGUUCACAAAAAUAAUAAAUCAAGUAUAAAAAAAAAAAAA